AUGCCUUUCUCAUCCGCUGAGGCUGCGGAAGCCUCUGCAGCUGGACGCAAGGCACCUGAUCAUGGUUGUGGUUCUCGCGGGAACAGUGUCGAAAUGCAUCGCGUGUCUCUGGGCCAGGAAGCAUCGGGAAACAAAAAUUCGAACACAUCUUGCAGCCCACCCAAUCCACUGAUGUCUUCAAAGCUCGGAAACAUCCAACCCCCAACUGGCGUCGAUGAGGAAUUGCCGUCAAAUAAGAAGCAGAAGGUAGAUCGUCAGUCUGCCAGUCAUCGUGCUGAGCAGCACGCUUCGGAAAUGGAAAAGAUUCUUGCCAAACUCUCCCCGAAGCCCAAGCCAUCUGUCGAUCAGACUCCAAUUACCAAGGACAUCCUUACCAAGCUCUCAGAGCAACAAACUUUACUCGAGAAGCAACAGGAGUUACUGUCUACCAAUAGUGCGUCCCAUGUUAUCCACGAAGAUGAUGCCUCGUCUGAAGCAUCUCCUUUAACCCCGGCGACAGGGCCUUUUACUGCGUCGGCUUCUACAGAAAACGUUGAGAAAGACAGUGUAGACGUGGCUGAGAUGCUUCGCUUGAAGCAGGAGCUCAUUGCCGCUAACUCUCGCAUUGCUCAGCAGGAGCAGGAGCUGGCGCAGACGCGCGUUAUCAAACACACCCUCGAUCAGGCACUUGGACCGCCCUCUGAAACUGACUUUGGUGGUCGUGAUAUAUCCGAACAGACAAUCAGCAGCUUGCAGAACGCUUUCAAUGCAUCUGCAAGAACGUUCAAUCAACGUCAAGAUUCAUGGGCUCAGGACGACGCACGUUCGGAUAUCUCAGACGCUCUUUCGGCCGGAGCCUACAAUAGAGCACGCAGCUUCUGGGGCCCUCCUUCACAGCCGGCUUUUGGCGUUGGUAUCACCCAAGCCACGGAAAAGGGUUACCCGGAUGCACCUUCUCUGUCUCGGAGUGCUCUGGUGCAGGAUCCUACCCGCAACUGGUUUCCCCAAACACUCAGUCCUGGAUUCCCGACUCAGGGAUCCGUCCAAGCUCAUCGUGUCCUUUCAGGGCCAUCCUCCGCAGUUUCUGGCUUUGAUGGACGGUAUACUGGCGAACAGAAUCCCUACAUCAAUGGAGCUAAUCUUGGUCCUCGCCGCUCGAUUACGCAGAUGAGCCGAGGAGGUUCCUGCUUUCCUCCACAGCAAUCGCCUUGGGGAACACUCACCAGCGGUGCACCAAACAACAUUGGCACAAGGUCUCCAGUAAAUUCGCCCUUCAAUGCGUAUCAGCAGAUUGGGAUGUACCCAAUCACACCGUAUCAACCGCGUCCCAUCGGAACACCUCUUUCUCCUACAGCAGCUGAGUUUACUUCGAAUAGUACAAGCGUUGCUCCUUGGUCUGUCACAUCUGUUGGUGCUGCUCCUGCCCAGACAUACAUAACGCCGCUUGAGCCUCUUAACUAUCGCCGGCUUCUCGAUAAGAAUGUCUCCUGUGACUGGAAAUACAUCGUGGACAAGAUUGUCUGUAACAAUGAUCAACAGGCUUCUAUAUUCCUCCAGCAGAAGCUCAAGGUUGGUACGGCGGAGCAGAAGUACGACAUCAUUGAGGCUAUCGUGAACCAGGCCUAUCCCCUCAUGGUCAAUAGGUUUGGAAAUUUCUUGGUCCAACGCUGUUUCGAGCAUGGAACUCCCGAGCAAGUUAUUGCCAUCGCUAAUGCGAUUAAAGGCAAUACUUUGAAUCUCAGCAUGGAUCCGUUUGGGUGUCAUGUAAUCCAGAAAGCCUUUGACUGUGUUCCCGAGGAGCACAAAGCUGUUAUGGUCCACGAGCUUCUGCGCCGGAUUCCGGAGACUGUCGUUCAUCGCUAUGCAUGUCAUGUAUGGCAAAAACUCUUCGAGCUGCGUUGGAGCAAUGAGCCUCCACAGAUAAUGGCGAAGGUCAAUGAAGAACUUCGAGGAAUGUGGCAUGAAGUUGCCUUAGGAGAGACGGGAAGCCUGGUCGUACAGAACAUCUUUGAAAACUGUGUGGAAGACGAGAAGCGUCCGGCUAUUGAGGAGGUCCUAGCGAGAAUUGAGCUUCUUUCUCAUGGCCAAUUUGGCAACUGGUGCAUUCAACACAUCUGCGAACAUGGUGCACCUCAUGAUAAGAGUCGUGCAAUUGAACACAUUCUUAGUCGGGCUGCUGACUACAGCAUGGAUCAAUUCGCGUCAAAGGUUGUCGAGAAGUGUUUGAAAAUUGGUGGUGCUGAAUUUCUGGACCGGUACCUAGCACGAGUCUGUACUGGUCGCGCUGAUCGUCCACGUAUGCCACUCAUUGACAUCGCUGGAGAUCAGUAUGGGAACUAUCUGAUCCAGUGGAUUCUUCUGAAUGCUGCACCCCACCAACCUAACUUCGAAAGAAAACAUAUGGUCUCUCUUCGUGGUUCCAAAUUUGGCUCCCGUGUCGCGAUGCUGUGCUGCAACCCAUCUCAUACUACUCGCCCUGGACCCGGUGCUGGUGUCCAAAUCAGCCGCUUUGGGAACCCCAAUGAUGAUCGCAUUCAGAUGACAAGCGCUCCUGGAGGCCGAUUCAAUCGUGGCAACCUAUGGAACCCUAGCUACCCUCCGUUCCGUUGA